GUCAUUUGUAUUUUGUGACAAAAUGGAAUACGUCAGAUAAAAUACGCUGUCAAUUUCUACUUUAACGUAACUGUAACUAUAAUUGGCUAUCCAGAUUAAGAUAGAUAUAUUAUAGUGGGUAAAAUGCAAUAUCCAUCAGAUGAAUCUUAUACUCGGCUCAUAAGCCACAAUAUGACAGUGCCUCAAAGAAUAAAGGCUACUGGAGAUAUUCUUGAUGAAGACAAUGCUCCAAAUGGAUUGGUCAAGGGGUGGGAUUAUGCCAAUGAGAAAUUUGAUAUGAAAGUGCCUGAGAGGAUACUUGUUGUUGGACAAGAUCAGCAUAUUGGUACUAAAGCUCCUCCUCGAGAAAUUCAAUUAGACAAUGCAGUUUUGCCAACUGACCCUGGCAUGAUUCGCGUGAGCACACCACCCCGUGUUAUCACGCUUGACCAACACUACUUUCCAUCUGCUGAUGAUUAUCCUUCUGAUAUGCCAAACUCCCCACCAAAAAAUGUUCGGACAAUGCAGUCCUUUAGUGGAAGAGUUCAAUCUGUAACACCUAUUCCAGAUCACUUCAAUGAAUCAACCAUGACUGAAUCACGUCUUGUAUUAAGAGACCCCACACCACCAAUAGGAAAUGGAGAAGGACUUUCUGCUUCGGAGGAGUUAGUGCAUUUACGAAGGCAGAUUGUUAAAUUAAAUCGACGCGUCAUGGCUAUUGAAGCUGAACAAUUGCAAAGACAACAGAAAGAGAAAAUUGCUUAUGCAAUAAGUAUUGCUUACUUAUUGUUCAAAGUAAUUGCUUGGUUGAAUAGGUCUUAAGUGAGUAAAAUUUGUAUCACUUUCAGAUGAAGUUUUGAUUUGUUGACUUCAUGAAGUUUAUCCACUGAUGAUUACAUUAAGUGGUACAAUGUAGUGUUAUCUUUAAAAAAUAGUGUAAAAAGGUUGGAAGUGUUGAUACCAAUUCAAUCUAUAAUCAUUUUUAGAAUAUAGGAACAUUCUUUUAUAACAUGAUUUAUGAACUUCUGUUUACCUACUUUGUUGUACAGUAUAACAGUCUUAUUGAUUAUAAUGCCACAAUUUCUUUAGCCUGUAAUAAACAUUCAUGGAUUGUUAAAAAUUUUGACUUGUUUAGGUAAGAUGUUAGAUACUACAAUAGGUGAUUUUUUUUUAUUUAAAUAAACAUUAUACUUACCAAA